AAUAAUCUCGUGACUAACUGUUAUUGUACUGAAAUUACUUGUUCAUUUCAAUUUGUUGUAAAUAUAAAGUUAUUUGUUCGAGAUUUUAUUCAUUUUAUUAUUUAUUAUAAUCAUUAUACACUCAAUUAUUUAAAGCUGUUGCUUUACAGUUAUGUGUGUGUUAAAUUUGAACGCCAAUUUUGAUACAUACUUUUCCAUAUAAAAACAGAGGCGAGGCUUAAGUUAAAGUGAUGGCGAAGGCAUUUGACCUAAUCCGUACAACGGCCAAGUAUAGGCAUAGCUCAAAAGUUACAGACCUCGUUAUAUUUAGUGUUUUAUUUAUUGGACUUAGUGACGGAAAAACUUGUAAUCAGGAUGGAAACUGUAAAUGUACGUUUGAUGAUGACAGUGGAACAGUGGAUUUAUCUGCUAUAGGUAGACAGGACGGCACGCCUUUAAUGCAGGACCAUUUUGCUCCAGAUAACUAUGCAUAUUCUUUCAACCCGUGCUAUCCAUUUACAGAAGGCACAUGUGUUAACGCAGCGGCAUGCCAGUACGAUUUAAACAAUAACAUAUACUACAACAUAGGAGAUUCGUCUAAAGUUACACUUUCAUUUGACGGAUCGAACAUCAUUGGAACCUAUGUUGCCGACGACGGUGCCAGGAGUUCUACGGUGACCUUUCAAUGUGACCCCAACACUGACCCUCCCAUAGCCACUGCUCAGGGAGAAACAAGUACCACGGUAUAUGGUUUUACAGUAGUUUCAAAAUAUGCUUGCCCCCAAGAUUCAGGACCAAGGUCCGGACCCGGCCCUGGUCCUAAUACGAGUCCAGGUUACCUGAGUCCAGGUAACCCGAGUACAGAUAACGGAGGCAGUGGCGGUAUAAGCCCUUGUUCAGUAAUUGUUAUUAUAUUUUUUGCUUUGCUUGUUGUUUAUCUAAUAGCUGCAUAAACCCCUUCAAAGAAACAGAAGACACUCAGCAAUAUUUCGAGACUUGAACGUGAGAUAAUGUUUCAGCAAUAACUUUUAUAAUUGAAUGAGAUUAUAUGUAAAGAUGGUCUUAUUUUAUUUUAUGAAAUAAACUGACAGUAACAGUA